AUGACAAUUAACAAAACUGAUAAAUGGUCUUGUAUCAGUGAAAUAUCCUCCCUUACCUAUGCUAAAGAUGUUUUUGGGUGUGGCCUUACCUUCUCGGUGGGGCGUUUCUUUAGAUGGAUGGUGGACACAAGGGUUUCAGUGCGUAUUCAUGAAUAUGCCGCAAUCUCUUUGGCUGCCUGCAUGGAGAGUCUGCUGGAGGAGAUUGGGAUCAGGGUAGCAGCAGGACAUAGUUCAGAAGGAGGAGGGGGAGCCAUGCAUGAUGGCAGACAAGAGCUUUCGCUGGAAAUGUUGGAGCUGUGCAUCAACAAUGAUGCUGAACUCUGGGGAGUCCUGCAGCCUUACGAACAUCUCAUCUGUGGCAAGAAUGCAAACGGUGUGCUUUCCCUGCCUGCCCACUUCAGUUUAUAUAACAACGGAUUGUUGACAAAAGAUGGACGUGCUGACGCAUACGCUCAACUGGAGCUUCGAACCCUGGAGCAGUCCCUACUGGCAACGUGUGUUGGUAGCAUUUCGGAGCUAAGUGAUCUGGUGUCUCGAGCUAUGCACCACCUGCAAUGUUCAAACACACUGUCUCCAGGAGUGAGUCCAUGUCGCCAUGGCAGACAGCAGCCUGUCACCUGGUCUCCUGAUGCCCUGCACACACUUUACUAUUUUCUGCGAUGCCCCCAGAUGGAAUCGAUGGAGAAUCCCAACCUGGAUCCCCCCCGAGUUUCCUUAAAUAAUGAGAGGCCAUUCAUGUUGCUCCCUCCACUAAUGGAGUGGAUGAGAGUAGCCAUCACACAUGCUGAGCAUCGGCGCAGUUUAACUGUCGACAGUGAUGAUGUGAGACAAACUGCUCGUUUGCUGCUACCAGGGCUGGAUUGUGAACCACGGCAAUUAAAAACUGAAGACUGCUUCAGUUCAUUUCGUAGACUGGACGCAAAAGCUGCUACUGCCAAGUUUCAGCAAGACCUUGGAUUCCGUAUGUUAAGCUGCGGCAGAACAGACCUGGUGAAUCAGGCCAUCGAACUCUUAGGACCCGAUGGUGUUAACACCAUGGAUAACCAGGGAAUGACACCACUGAUGUAUGCCUGUGCUGCUGGGGAUGAAGCCAUGGUGCAGAUGUUAAUUGAUGCUGCUGCAAACCUGGAUCUUUCACUCCCCAGCAACACUCAGAGGUACCCUUCAGUGCAUCCAGACAGCAGGGGCUGGACAGCUCUCACCUUCUCCGUUCUGCACGGACACAUUCCUGUGGUUCAGCUUCUGCUUGAUGCUGGAGCCAAUGUGGAAGGUGGACUUGUUAAUGCUGGGGAAGAUAACUGUGCAGAAACACCACUUCAGCUAGCUUCAGCAGCAGGUAACUACGAGUUGGUUAGCCUCCUGCUCAGCAGAGGUGCAGAUCCUCUACUGAGUGUACUUGACAGAAAUGGAAUGACAUCGGUGCUACAUGAGAAUAUGAAUUGCUUUAGCCAUGCAGCUGCUCAUGGACACAGAAAUGUGCUGCGCAAGUUGCUUACACCACCCCAAGCUCCAAAGACUGACGUAUUAUCUCUGGAAGAAAUAUUAGCAGAGGGAGUUGACAGUGAUACUUCAAGCAUGGGAAGUAUAAAUGAAGGACAGGUUAAACUCUGCAAAGCCAGAAUGAAGGCUUUACAAGAAGCGAUGUAUUACAGUGCUGAACAUGGUUACCUUGAUGUCACCAUGGAAUUGAGGAACCUUGGUGUACCCUGGAAACUACAUGUCUGGAUUGAAUCUCUGAGGACCUCAUACAAUCAGUGCAGAUGUCCCGUAAUGCAGUACCUGUUACGGGAAUUCACUACCAUCAGACAGGAGGAUUACAAUGAGGAGCUGAUCUAUGAGGGGCUUCCACUUAUGUUUGACAUUCUUAGGGUUAGCAAGAAUGAUGCACUCAAUCAGCAAUUAGCUUCUAUCUUCAUAUAUUGCUAUGGUAAUGCUCCUAUUCCUAGUAUCCCUGAGUUGAAGAGAAUGCCACCUGCUCGAUUAGACCCUCACAUUCUGAAUAAUAAAGAAAUGUCGGAUUUAACUUUCUUAGUGGAAGGAAAGCCUUUUUAUGCACAUAAAGUUCUUCUAAUUACUGCCUCCAACAGAUUUAAGAUGCUGCUGGCUAAUAAGACAUCUCCAGAGAAUGAGCCAUGCAAGUGUAUAGAGAUCAGCGAGAUUAAGUAUCACAUCUUCCAGAUGAUGAUGCAGUACUUGUAUUAUGGUGAUACGGAGUCGAUAAAUAUAUCCAUUACUGACGUACUGGAGCUGCUGUCUGCAGCAAGCCUCUUUGAGCUGGAAUCAUUGCAGAGACAUUGUGAGAUCAUCUGUACCCAAAUAAUGAACCUAGAGAAUGCAGUCAUCAUUUAUUGUUACGCAAAGAUACACAAUGCCAUCGAAUUGCUUUCCUAUACUGAGAGCUAUUUCUUGAAAAACAUGAAUGCACUUCUCGAUCAAGAUUCUUUCAAACAGCUGAUUUACGGACGCAACAGUAAACUGCAGGGACUGGAUCCCCUCCAGGGCUUGGACUUGGCAUUAGCUAACAGAAUGCGAUCACUCUACGUCAUGUCAAGGGUGUGAAAUAUUAAUCAACAGUAAACUGGGAACAUAUGUGCAGUACCAGAGACCCAAGGUGGCUUAUCUCUUUUCCCAGACAUUUUAUUCCCUCACUUUGUGAUGGUUGGUUCUUUGGUGAUUUAAAGAUCAUCAACAGCACAGAGGUAAACAUGGUAUCCUCAAUGAAUUUCAUGGCAGUCAGGUAAAGUCAAAUCAGCAGAUGAGCUGGUGAUCUACAUUUGAUAAUUCUACACAACUAUUUCUUAUCCCUGAUAUCUCGCAGCCAC